AUGGCCUCGCUUUCAUCACCACCGCCACACCUCGCCCACUGCACACCCUACUGCACCUCCGAUCCCGUCCUCGGACACGUCCUCGUGUUCUUCAAUCCACACUCCUCCUCUUCCCCCGCUUCUGUAUCUCGCAUAGAGGCUCAUAUGCUUACUUGCGCUGGCCUGCAAUCGUACUCGAAGCUUACAUUAUCCCCUUCGUCCCCGCUCUACGCUGCCGUGAACCACCUCCCACCCCAAAAGCAGAACCAGGAAGUUUACAGAGGCCUUGCCAUCGCCGUGCUAAAGUACUUCUCCGAGCUUCCCAAAACCGUAAAGGAAACAAUCCUCAAGAGCAAAAAGAACAAUGUCCUGCCGAGCGGGGAAGCCCAAGCCGUCGCUUUCGACGAGAUGCAUGCUGGGGACCUGGCUGCGCGCCUGAAGGAAUUGGAGUUGGAAAGUUUGCUUGGGGACCUCAAUUCCGCUUUGGCGGAGCGCUUCUUGACAUGGCUGGACGUUGACCUUGUGCUUCGCUCGCCUGCCAACGUGGAGUCUGAUGCCGUUCCGGAGGCGGCUGAAAAGUUGCUGGAAUUGUUUGGCGUGCCUACACAUCUGCCCUUCACGAAACUAAAGCGCGCGCAGAGUAGGCCGGCAUCCGCCAGGCCGAGGCCCCUAAAGGAUUCUGCUGAGGGGAUCGAGCGUGAACUGGAACAAUUGCGCAUUACGGAGGCUAGCUAUGUUGGGAAAUUGCAAGACCUUUUGGUCAAUUUGGUCAGGCCACUCAGGAGUCGCGCUUCACAAAGGAAAGGCGAUGGUGGAUUCCCUAAUGGGAGGGAUUUGGAAGCAUUGUUUCCACCUUCGCUAGAUAGAAUACUUGAGCUUAACAUGGCCUUUCUCCAGGAAGUCGAAAAAGGUGGGCUCCCGGAUGUCGCCGAUUGCUGCUUGAGGAGGUUCCCCGAUUUCAAGGAAUCCUACGAGGAAUAUAUCCAGGCUAGCUCCGAAUUUCCCCAGCUGCUUGCCAAAUUUGCCAGGGAUAGGCACUCCUCCUUCUCCAAGAGAAUCCAACUAGCCGGAGAGCAGAAAUUGAGGUCAAUGAUAAUCGAGCCUGUGCAGAGGUUACCGAGAUAUACCCUCCUGAUUGAUAGCAUCAUCGGUUUGCUUGCAUUCGACGAUCCUUCCCUGCCAAAGCUUGUCGAUGCACGCGAGAUAAUCACCGAAAUAUGUUCCCUCCAAUCUUCCGAUAAGGAUGAGCGCUCAAAAACUACAAAGCGUUUGCAAUCCAUCGUGGUUUCCUGGCCACCCUCACUUCGACUUCCCGGGCGACUGAUUACAGCAUUUGACUUCUUGGACGUAUUGCCGCCAUUCAAUGACAAGACCUCCGAAGCUAUCCCUUCCACAAUAUUGCUCUUCCCCGACCGCCUGCUUAUCCUGCGGAGACCGAAGUAUACGUCCAUGCAGGCAAGAGCCAUAAUGGCUGAAGUGGACAAACCCGGGGGAGGAGGAGGUAUGAGCAAUUACGGCAGCGGUACUAAGCGGGAGGGCCUAGGUUGUGACCUGCAGUUUGCUGGUUGGGCGGACUUGGCCGAUGUUAAAUUUGCCGAGAGUGAUAAGGGGGAUGUUAUUUGGAUGACACUUGCCCGAGACUUGAGAGAUAGCUGGGACGUGAGGGCAGGCGGGAUGGGGAUCAGAAGGCUCAGGCUUCUCAACGCUUAUGAGGGACGAGCGACCAAGUUAACCGAAGACAUUGUGAAGGCUAGGCUCGAGGGGCGCGUAUUAAACGGUAGGAAAGGCCUUGUAGGUUUGAGAGAGGCUAAGGUGGAAGGCCUGGGAUUGUGGGCUUGUGCCUGGGGGAAUGAAGAUAGAUAUGCGACCGAGGGCAAGAAGGGGAGUGUGGUUGUAUACAUUGACAAUGGCGGUGGCGGCCCUGAGAGCCCGGGGAAGACCGGGAGGGAGUUGGCAGCGGAUGUAGGGAAGGGCGGUGUCGAUAUAGCUGUUAACGUCGAGGCCAUCAUGGGCAGCAAACUGAGGGUGGAGUUCCGCAGCUGGAACGAGUAUUCCUCAACCGAUACUGUUUCUCGCGAAGAGUUCCUUGCCGUGUUCACGAAGCGCCUGUCCUCAAUCGUCAGACUCCACUCUCUACCUCAGCAUCCUCCUCUGACCGCAGCCUUGAUGUCGGCAAACAGAAAGCUGCUACGGUCCCUGGGUGUCCCAUUUGAUGGUGAAAGUAGGUUUAGUAAGCUCAGACCUCCCAGUCCUGUUAAGCUUCUUUCCUCCGUAUUCGGAAGUAGCAACAGCAAUAGCCCGGGCACCCCCGGAAGCCCGAGCAAAUCUAGGCAAUUGAUGGAUAGAACUCAGAGCCAAAUUCUGCCGCCCAAGAUGCUGGACCGUAGUUCGGCGAUGCUGCAAAAACGUUCGACGGUCCUGGGAAUAAUGGGAGACUGGAAUGGUGAGCCGGGUGAGGGCGACCUGGAGAUUAGCUUGCAGAGCAUAACUAUGCCUAGCGAGAGCCCAUUGAAAAGGCUAGAGGAGACCUUGGAGGCCUUUGUGAAAGCAUUAAAGAAGCUCUCAUCCGCCGAGCACUCGGACCUGAUGCCUCUCAGGAACAUGCAGGAUGUAGACGAUGCAGCGGUAGAGGGGUUCCUAGGUAUGAUGCUCACAGAUCCGAAAGCCGCGAGGGGUGAGAGGAGGAUGGGUGUCGAUAUCGUCUUUGACGCUUUCAGGAGGUUCCUGAGGAGGGAAUGGAAGGAUGGGAUGGGGAGUGUCAUCGACGGCAAAGGACUUGCUGAGCUCCGCUCCAAGAGCGAUACCCUCUAUCCCGGUGAUUUCGAGGAUUUUUUCAAAAUCUUCGUCCUCGACUGGGCUCCUCAGAAUAAGCGAGCUUUUAAGACGCUGAUCCUGUUGUUAAAGAGCAUGCAGAACAGGGUCGAGAACCCCGACGAUAAAGGCCUUUUGACUAAAGCUUUCACUGAACUAUUGGUCGAGGAUGAAGACCCCUUAGAGUUCAUGCCCCUUGUGGACAGACUAGUCGAGGAGGCAGACAAUCUCUUUAGCGGUAAAAAUGUCACCCCCCACUCAAGACCUGGGCUUGAAGCUGACAGGGCGGUAGAACCACUGGUAAUAAACAACGGGGAAUUCACUCUCCCCAACGGGAAUGCAGUACUCAGGAGAAAUAAAUCUAUUCACGCCGCCUCGAACUAUUCCACCGCAUCCUUAAGGAAGCGGUUUGGCUUAACUCAUACCUCCUCCGCCCGUGAUCCAAUCAGGGGAGAACACCAUGGCGAUUCGGCAAAGAGUGGCUCUGUCUGGAGGACUUUGAGCAAGAAUUCCCGCAGAGAAGAAUCGCAGAAGGGUCAUAUCUCGAGGUCGAAAUCGACAGACUAUGACGCCAGAACAUACCACUUUCCCAAGAGGCCGACAUCUCAGGACCGCCCAACAGCAUUUUCCACCUUUACGCCCCUUCCACCUUCACCCUCAUCGCCAAUGCGUCCACUUUCCGCCGCCUCUGGGCCUACCCACCUUACCGGUGGCAAGCCUCUGCCACCCGAGCCUGCCGUCCGAAAGAAGAGAAGAAGCUCCUUGAGCGAUUUGACCACCCAUCGGGACUACCAGCAGAUUUUGCCGGCCCGAGCAAGCCCCGAUCUCGAGAAGACGACAACCCCCACAAAGUCCGGCAUCAGCGGGCUCAAAGACAUGGAGAAUUACAGGGCGGCAGAGAGUCCGAGUCCUUCCCAACUACCAAAACCGGUUGGGGGUGGGGCUCCGGGCCGAAGAAUGAGCAAAGACAGAAGCGAGAUACCCGUCAGAAAAUCUCUUGGCAUGUCUGGCUCGCCCGGACCCCAAAGGUUAAAGAUGCAAAGCACCCAGAAACUGAGAGAGCGCCUUCAAAACGAGAAGCAGGCGAUCACCAUGGUUGACCAGAGCCUUCAGUGUGAAAUUGAUAAGAUCGGUGAAGAGCUGAGUCUCGCGACCAGGGUUUCGUCCCGUGGGGUCAAGGAACUCACGACCCGUCUCGAGCAGGUGGAAGCGCGUCUCCCUCAGAUCAACGAGCUCAAUGGCAAGUACGAGACGCUCAAGAAAAGCUCUGAUACGGUGCUAGCCAAGAAAGACAGAGAGUUGGAGGUCCUGGACAAGGACUUCAACGACUGCUUGAAUGAGAAUGACGUCAUGUUUGAGAAGUUCAAUGAAGAGCUGGUCAAAAUAUCUAGCGGUCUCAAGGCCGGGAGAGAUGUCGAACUGUUGAAGAUUUUGCAAGAAGUGAGGGCCGAGCAAGCGAAAUUAAAGAGGGAAAAUAUGUAAGUGCUGUAUUCUCCGGCUUAUGCACCCCCAUAUCGAACCGCACUAACGGAGAAUCAAGGAAACUGAGGAGGGAGAACAAUUCGUUGAGGGCGCAGCUGGGGGAUAAUUGAUUAUCAUUAUUUUCGCAUAGAUAGCACGGCCGGUGACGUUUCCCUAUUUUAUUACGGGUAUUGGGGGGGUUUUUUUUCGUUCUUUUUUUCCUUCGGUCUUCCUUUCCCGGCUUUCCAUGUUUUUCCCAAGCAUAGGCGUUACAUUUUGAUAUCCUUGCGUGAACGGUUUAUAUCCUCUUUAGCUGUGGGUAUUAGUGUUUCUUUUCAUUGACUCUGUGUACCAUAUGAUAGUAUGCUUUCUGUGUACUCGUAAAGGGGCGUUCAUGAGGUAGUAGCGAUAGAUAUCACGAAGGACGCGUCAUUAAGGCAUUACUUGUAGUGUAGUUCUCGUGCUCUUAAAAUCUUGUGAUGGGCGCAG